UUCACAAUUUAUUCCACUUUUAUUAUUAUUGUUGAAGACCAGUGCUUAUCAAUGUGUGUGUAUAUAUAGCAUGACGUUCUUCACUAUCCACUUCAAUGUUAGAGGCCUUCAACCAAUUCAUGAUGGCGAACCUUUGGUUUCAUUUUUCCUUCUCCAUGUUCUCACUGCUUUGCUAUCUCAUGGUCUGUCCAACUUUAUGCCACACCAUUUUCACCAAAAAUGAUGAAUUGGCACUUCUUGCUCUCAAAAAUUCUGUGAGAGACCCAUUCAAUCACUUGGCUAAUUGGUCUAACUCUUUCUCCAUUUGCAAUUGGGUUGGGGUUACUUGUGAUUCUAAAGGUGAGCGAGUAAGUGUAUUGAAUCUUGCUCACAUGAGUCUCAUGGGCACCUUACCCUCACAAGUGGGGAAUUUGUCCUCCCUUGUUGAACUUGACCUUCAUAGUAACAACUUUCAUGGUGAGUUACCAAAGGAGUUGUUGCAGUUACAUAAGUUGAGAAUUCUCAACCUUAGCUAUAAUGAAUUGGAUGGGAAAAUUCCUGCGUGGAUUGGAAGUUUAUUUGCUCUUCAAUGCCUGAGCUUUCGAGAUAAUAGUUUUCGGGGUGUUAUUCCUCCAAGCAUAUCAAAUUUGUCAAAAUUAGAGACCUUAGAUUGGAGUCACAAUUUCAUCCAUGGAUCUAUUCCACUUGAGAUCGGAAGGCUUCAACAUUUAAAGAUUUUACGUAUAGCAGGGAACAAUCUUUCAAGAAAUAUACCUCCAACUAUUUCUAGCUUAUCCUCUCUUGAGUUGAUGUCUUUGUCAUUGAACUCCUUAAAAGGAGAUAUUCCAAAUGAAAUUGCCAAUCUUUCAAAUCUUAAAAUUAUGUCUUUGGCUCAAAAUCAACUCAUUGGCUACAUACCUAGAAGCAUUGGAAGUUUGGUUUCGCUUCAGGAAUUAGAUCUUGGUUUCAAUAAUUUACAAGGUGAUAUACCAAAUGGUAUUGGAAAAUUGGAUAUGCUUCAAGUGCUAGGUCUUGAACAUAAUAAUUUACAAGGAGGUAUUCCAAAUGAAAUUGCCAAUCUUACGAGUCUUAAAAUUAUGUACUUGGGUUAUAAUCAACUCAUUGGCUACAUACCUACAAGCAUUGGAAGUUUGGUUUUGCUUCAGGAAUUAGAUCUUGGUUCCAAUAAUUUACAAGGUGAUAUACCUGAAGGAAUUGGGAAAUUGGAUAUGCUUCAAGAGCUAUAUCUUGAUCAUAAUAAUUUACAAGGAAGCAUUCCCGAACAGAUUGGUAAUCUUAAAAGUCUAAAAAUUUUAUUUUUAGACACCAAUAUGUUUUCAAGCCAAAUACCAUCAACUAUCUUUAAUAUAUCUGGGUUGCAAGAGAUUGAUUUUAGUUGGAAUAAUUUGUCGGGAGGCAUUCCCUCAAAUAUAUGUCAUGGCCUUCCAAAUUUACAAGCUUUGGAUCUUCAAGCCAACAAAUUAUUUGGAGCUAUACCAUCUGAUUGGACACAAUGCAAGGAACUCAAAGAGUUACAAUUAGGAGACAACUUCUUCACAGGAAAUAUUCCUCAAACAAUUGGUGGCCUCACAAACUUGAAAAUUAUAUAUCUACGUGCUAACAAGUUGUCUGGCCAGAUACCAAGGAGUAUUGAAAAUUUGACAAAACUUCAAGAGCUAGACCUUAGUGGAAAUAACAUUGAAGGAAAUAUUCCUCAAACAAUUGGUGACCUAUCAAACUUGAAAAUUAUAUCUAUAGGUGCUAACAAGUUGUCCGGCCAAAUACCAAGGAAUAUUGGAAAGUUGAAAAAACUUCAAGAACUAGACCUUAGUAGAAAUAACAUUGAAGGAGAUAUUCCCAAAGAGAUUGGUAAUCUUAAAAGUCUGGAAAUUUUAUAUUUACACAGCAAUAAGUUUUCUGCCCAAAUACCAUCGACUAUCUUUAAUAUAUCUGAGUUUCGGGAUAUUGAUUUAAGUUGGAAUAAUUUGUCUGGAGGCAUUCCUUCUAAUAUAUGCAAUGGACUUCCAAAUUUACAAUAUUUGGCUCUUCAAGACAACAAAUUAUUUGGACCUAUACCAGCUGGUUGGACACAAUGCAAGGAGUUGGAAAUAAUAAGAUUAAAUAACAACUUAUUCACAGGUCAUAUACCAAAAAGUAUUGGAAACUUGACCAUGCUUCAAGAUUUAAAUGUGAAUUCCAAUAGCUUGGAAGGUUUAAUACCUAUGGAAAUAGGAAAUCUCCAUAAGCUUGAGAUCUUAGAUUUGUGGAAUAACAAGUUGAGGGGAUCUAUUCCAUCCAACAUUUUUAACAUUUCAACUUUGAGAUACUUAAAUCUUGGAAGCAAUUCUAUAACUGGCAAUCUUCCAUCAAAUUUUGGGAAUCUCACUAGUUGCUAUGAACUAUCCUUGGAAGAAAAUGUUUUGACAGGAUCAAUUCCAAAAGUAAUUGGUGGCUUACAAGAUCUUCAAUACUUGAGUCUUGAAGGCAAUGAGCUACAUGGCCUAAUCAUUGAUGAGAUAUGUGAAAUCACAAAGCUUGCCUAUUUAUUAUUAAGUAGAAACAAGUUUUCUGGAGGAAUACCACAUUGUUUAGCAAAUGUUACCUCUUUACGAGAACUUUACUUGGACUCUAAUAAGUUAAUUUUAGAAAUACCCUCCUCCUUUUGGAAUUUGAAGGAUAUAUUGAAAGUAAACUUAUCUUCCAAUAUUUUAGUUGGAAAUGUAUCAUCAAAUAUUGGAAACUUAAAUGCUCUUAUAUCCCUAGAUUUGUCAAGAAAUCAUAUUUCAGGCAAUAUUCCAACAUCUUUGGGUGGACUAAAGAAGUUGCAAGAUCUCUCCUUAGCACAUAACAAUUUGCAAGGAAAUAUUCCUAAAUCAUUUGGAAAUAUGUUGAGCUUAGUAAAUUUGGACCUUUCUGAGAAUAAUUUAUCUGGUGAGAUUCCUAAAUCCUUUGAGUCACUUACUUAUCUUAAGUAUAUCAAUCUCUCAUAUAACAAACUACAAGGAGAGAUACCAAGUGGUGGAGUUUUUGCAAAUUUAACUGCUGAAUCUUUCAUGAUGAAUGAAGCUCUUUGUGGCCAUCCACAACUAAAAGUUCCUCAUUGUGACAAAGGAAGAAGAAAACAGUCAUGGGCAAAAUCACUUUUACUAAAAUGCAUAUUACCCAUGGUUGUGUCAAUAAUUUUAAUUGUCUUGGGCAUUAUCCUUUUCAUCCAUAGACGAUCAAAUUUAAGGGAACCAAUUGAGAGCGGUUUAUCCAUUUUAGGAUGGCCAAGGAGGAUUUCUUAUUUUGAAAUUCUAGAAGCAACUAAUGGAUUUGAUGAGAGUAACUUUCUUGGAAAGGGGAGUUAUGGUGAUGUGUUCAAAGGAAAGCUUUUGAAUGGGAUGAUGGUUGCAAUUAAAGUAUUUAAUUUUGAAUCUGAAAAGAUGUCAAGGAGCUUUGAAGUGGAAUGCAACACAAUGCGUAAUGUGCGCCAUUAUAAUUUGGUGAAGAUCAUAAGUAGUUGUUCUAAUGUUGAUUUUAAGUGUUUGAUCAUGGAGUUCAUGCCUAAAGGGAGCCUUGAAAAAUGGUUAUAUUCUCAUAACUAUUGUUUGGAUUUUCUACAAAGGUUGAAUAUAAUGAUAAAUGUAGCAUCUGCUUUGGAGUAUCUCCAUCAUGGCUUGUCAACACCGAUAGUUCAUUGCGAUUUAAAGCCAAGUAACAUUUUGUUAGAUGAUGAUAUGGUUGCUCAUGUGAGUGACUUUGGGAUUUCCAAACUUUUAGAUGAAGGACAAUCAAAAACACAUACAGAGACGAUACCUACAAUUGGAUAUGUUUCACCUGAAUAUGGAUCUACUGGAGUUGUUUCAACAAAAGUAGAUGUGUAUAGCUAUGGAAUUAUGUUAAUGGAAGUGUUCACAAGAAAAAAACCAACAGAAGAUAUGUUUGUCUCAGAAUUGAAUUUGAAGAGUUGGGUAAGUGACUCAAUGCCACAUGAAAUAAUUAAUGUCAUAGAUUCCAAUUUAUUGCAGGGAGAUGUUCAAUAUGCUGGUGAUAUAUUGACUUCUACAUCCAGUAUUUUUGAAUUGGCAUUAAAUUGUUGCAUUGACUUUCCUGAAAUGCGAAGCAGCAUGACAGAUGUUGUUGUGUCAUUAAACAAGAUCAAGAACAUGAUUAUGCAAAAGCAUCAUCGUUGACAUCAUUAAACAAGCAAUACUCUAUUUUCAAUUUAUGUUGUAUAUUUCCUUUCAAAAACAUUCUUGGCACAUUACUUGUAUGAUGUAUGCAUGUUUUUUUACCAAACAUGGAAGAAAAUAAUAGUAGUUGUAAUGAUUGUUAUAUCAUAUAUGACAUGGUUGAUGAGAUU